AUGGCGGGUGAAGCCCGGACCGGCGGGGACGCAGCACUGCGCCGCCUGCUGAGGCUGCACCGCACGGAGAUCGAGACGAUCCGUCUGAAGGAGAAGGAGGGCUGCCCCCAGGCCUUCCACGCCCUCCUUUCCUGGCUGCUGACCCAAGACAUUGCAGCCAUCCUGGACUUCUGGAGGGUUCUCUUCAAGGACUACAACCUGGAGAGAUACAGCCGGCUGCAGGCCAUCCUAGACAGCUUCCCUAGAGAUGUGGACCUCAGCCAGCCGCGGACGGGGAGGAAGCCCCCUGCCAAUCUCAAAGUCUCAGCACUGCCGCCCAGGCCCCCCACCAAGAGGAAGGCCCUGGAGGAGCCUCGAGGGGCCCUGCCAGCAGCCCUGACCCCAAAGGGCACCUCCAGCCCAGGUUCCCAACCCAAAGCCAAGCCCCCCAAGAAGCCGGACAGCAACACAGAACCCCAGCGCAUCCCGCUCGGAAAUGGAAUCCAGACCAUGUCUACUUCAGUCCAGAGAGCUGUGGCUGUGUCCUCUGGGGAUGUCCCAGGAGCCCGAGGGGCUGUGGAGGGGAUCCUAAUCCAGCAAGUGUUUGAGUCAGGGGGCUCCAAGAAGUGCAUCCAGGUUGGGGGGGAGUUUUACACUCCCAGCAAGUUUGAAGACCCCAGUGGUGGGAAGAACAGGACCCGCAGCAGCAGCAGUGGUGGUGGCCUGAAGCCUCCUGUCCGAGCCAAGGGAGCCCAGAGCACUGUCUCGGGUGGAGGCGAGCCAAAGGCAGGCCAGCAAGGCAGGGUCUCUGCACCCCCAGUCCCCCACAGCGAACUCCAGCUUCACCAGAAGAAUGAGGAUGAGUGUGCCGUGUGCCGGGACGGCGGGGAGCUCAUCUGCUGCGACGGGUGCCCCCGGGCCUUCCACCUGGCCUGCCUGUCCCCGCCCCUCCGGGAGAUCCCCAGUGGGACCUGGAGGUGUUCCAGCUGCCUCCAAGGGAGAGUCCAGCAGGGCCUGCUCCGGGCUGAGGAGUCCCGGCCCCAGGAACCAUCUGUGGAGACCCCGGAGUUCCCCGUGGGGCUGGGGGCUGGGGGCUGGGAAUCUGUUGGAACAAUGGCCCCAGUGCUCACUGUGCUGUCUCCCUGGACACCCAGGGAGCCUCCCACUGGUGUGGACACUCCUGUCACCUACAAGCACCUGCUGGCCCCACCUACCACCCCACUGCUGGACUCCUCUGCCCUGCGCCCCCUACUGUGUAUGGGCCCUGAGGGGCAGCAGGGCCUGGCACGGUGUGGCGUGUGCGGGGACAGCAAGGAUGCCUUGCGAUGUGCUCACUGCGCUGCCGCUUUCCACUGGCGCUGCCACUUCCCCGCAGGAACCGCCCAGCCAGGAACCAACCUACGCUGCAAAUCUUGCUCCGGAGACCUCGCCCUGGCCCCCGGGGAGGGGGCGCCCGCCCUGAGCCCUGCCUGCGUGGCCACCGGGUCCACCAAGGUCAGCGAUGACUCUGCCUGUCAAGAGCCGGUUCUGCAUAGAGAUGACCUGGAGUCUCUCCUGAGUGAGCACUCCUUCGAUGGCAUCCUGCACUGGGCCAUCCAAAGCAUGGCCCGCCCGCUGGCCGAGGCGCCCACCUUCCCCUGA